AAUGUAUAUUUUUGUCAAUAUAAAUUGUGAUUUCAAACUGUUAGCUUGGCCGAGCAACAAUUUAGUGACUAAAAAAAAAAAACAAUAAAAACUCAGCAAUGGAUCGUUGGCGAAAUAAAGUUGCUGUUGUAACGGGAGCCAGUUCAGGCAUUGGGGCAGCCAUAGUCAAGGAUUUACUGGAGAAUGGAUUACAGGUUGUUGGUUUGGCCAGGCGGUCGGAGCGUGUAACAGACAUAUUGAAAACUGUACCCCCAGCGAAGCAUGGAAAUUUAACUGCCCUGCACUGUGAUGUUUCCGAUCUGCGGUCUGUUAAUAAGGCUUUCGAUACAAUUAUUGCCAAAUUUGGUGGAAUUGAUAUUUUGAUCAACAAUGCCGGUUGCUUGAAACAAGGUCAAUUGGUAAAUAUGGACAUAAAUGAGAUCCAACAAGUCCUGCAAACAAAUGUCAUGGGAGUGGUGCAUUGUACCCAAAGGGCUUUUAAGUCCAUGAAAGAACGGAAUUUCCCCGGUCAUGUUAUACUCAUUAACAGUAUUGCUGGCCAUGGAUUUAAAUCACUGCCAGGAACACCCGAAAGCAACAUGUAUGGUCCAUCGAAGUUUGCCAUCACAGCCAUAACUGAAAUCUAUCGGCAGGAAUUUAGGGGGUUGGGUACUAAAAUCAAGAUUACUAGUAUCAGCCCCGGUGCUGUGGAUACGGAAAUACUACCCGAUAAUAUAAAAAAGUUAAUUGGCGACACCAUGUUAAAGCCUCAAGAUAUUUCAUCGGGCGUCCUGUAUGCCAUUUCUACACUACCCCAUGUGCAAAUACAUGAAAUGAUUAUAAAGCCUCUUGGAGAGAUGUUUUAAUAGUUUUUUAAAAAAUUAUAAAAAAUUAUUGACAAAAAAAUAAUUAUUUAUAUAUAUAUAAAGAAAUAAUGAAUAUUGAAGAAAUGCAAGAACAAAUAAGUCUAUAUAGAUAUAAAAGAGUAGUGAAAUAAAGGCCUGACUUAGAAUCAAUGACCAGACGAAA